CAAAUAAACGAACACCAAAGUGGAGGGGAAUGAAUGCAAAGGAGCAUGCGAAGCCAUGAAUUCAGAUAAGUCAUAGAUAAUAUGGAUUGAAGGCCACUACACAAGGAGCCCAGAAGCAUUGAAGCGGAGAAGUACGAAUCAAGCUUGCCAAGUUAUGGCUUUGGAUUAUUUAUUCUCUACCUCCACUCGGCCUGCUCUGCCUAUAUUCACUACACUUCAGUUCCACCAAGCAAAGGCAAAUACAAAUACAAAGGUUGUUACUCUGAAAGGUCAAAGUGUAGUGGGCUGCAUCAAGGGUCACAAGAUACGAUGCACAUUGAUAAAGAGUAAAGAUCUAUCUGUUUCUGCUCCACAUAAUUUGGAAAGAGAGCCCCAUAAAUAUUUUGAUCAUGUUGUCAUUACCGUGCGCUCGGGUGAUGGGGGGCAUGGUGGAGUUCUUAGCAUGCCAAUGCCUGCAAUGCAACGGAAAACUCAAGGGAAAAAGACGAAAGAGAAAGUAAAAAGAAAAGGUUCUUAUAAGCGAGACCCAGAUGGAAAUUUGAUUCUACCCAUGGGUGGGCAUGGAGGAGAUGUAGUACUUUAUGCAGAUGAGAGCAAAGACUCUUUGCUAGAGCUACAUCAGAUAAGCAGAUAUAAUGCAAAGCGUGGAGGGAAUGUUGAUGCAAUGGGGACUUUGACUCCUAUGUUGCAUGAUGGUUUUGCAGCACCUACCUUGCGAAUCCCAGUUCCUGUAGGAACUGUGGUGAAGCGGAAACGGGGGGGAAAACUUCUUGCAGAUCUUACUCAUCCUGGUGAUGAGAUACUUGUUGCAAGGGGUGGACGUGGAGGAAUUAGCCUGGUGGAAAUGCGCCAAAAUAAUAGAAGACUGUCGGGAGCUGUAAAUGCGAAUGUUAUCAGGGAUGAAAACGAUAAGGAUAUGGCCUUUGGACAGCCAGGAGAAGAAGUGAGAUUGGAAUUGAUAUUGCGAAUUGUGGCAGAUGUUGGGCUUGUGGGACUUCCAAAUGCAGGAAAGUCUUCACUUUUAGCAGCUGUCACACGGGCAAGACCAGAUAUUGCAGAUUAUCCUUUCACGACAUUGAUGCCGAAUCUUGGACAGAUUGAUAGAGACCCUGAUCUAGGAACUUGGGAUUCUGCAACGCUGGCAGAUAUGCCUGGUCUUAUAAGAGGGGCCCAUCUGGGAAAGGGUCUGGGCAGGACAUUUUUAAGGCACCUCCGAAGGACCCACCUUUUGGUUCAUGUUGUUGAUGCAUCUGUAGCAGAUCCUGUACAGGAUUACAAAACUGUUAGAGAAGAAUUACUCAUGUACAACCCAUCUUACCUGGAGAGGCCCCACAUGGUGGUUCUUAACAAGCUUGAUCUUCCAGAGGCAAGAGAAAAGUUUGAUUCUAUAUCUGAACACAUGGCAAAAAUUGGUUGCCCUGAAAGCGCAACUGGUGGUAAACAUAUGCUGGUAGAAGAAAACAAAUCUAUAGAGGAAGAAACUUACAGACUUUCUGAUGGAGACACUGCAGAUAAUUUUAUAAAGCAAGAAAAAGAGAUUGAAGAUUACCCACGUCCUCUGGCAAUUGUCGGCAUAAGCGCACUGAAAGGGAUUGGCAUUGUUGAGAUGCUAAGAGAAAUACGGUUAGCAUUAAAGAGCUGUGAAGUAGGGGAAAGAGAAGGAACUCAAAAUGAAAGCACAAUUCAACCUGUGAUACAAAAAUUCUAUUAAGUAUUCUACUUCAAUAUUUUAUGUAAUAAAUUAUGGAUGAGGUAUUCAAAUUUUAUUUCAAACGGUUAUUAGUUAUUCUUGCUAAUUUUGUAAAAAUAGGGACAUAAAAUUAUUUAUUCCUAAUGAUUGUUUGGGGUUUAAGUUUUGCCUAUUGUCAUCUUAUUAAUUUUUAUUCAAUUAUUAUAUGUAUUUAUUUUGUUUA